AUGACCAUUGCAGGACGCUGCUACCGUCUCUCCUGCGGCCAUACCCAAUGUAGCGCCUGCCUCACCCUACACCAGCACGUCCAAGGGAGCCAGACGCUACCCAUCCUAUGCUCCGUCUGCGCCCAAGAUGGCGGCUUCUCCUUCCCCUCCCAAGACCCCUUGACCCAGGUCGACGCCCUCGUCAGUUCGCCCGUCAACCUCAAGAACAUCCGCGACCUCCACUGGCUCGACCCAGCCUCGCCCAACUUCGCCGCCCGAAACACCUGCAUAGUCGAUGGCGAGAAUUUCCGCGCCAUCUUCGAUGCUGUGUACCGUCUCACCAUGCCCCUCCACCAAGACAUCGUGGCCGCGGCGCCGUUUCCUCAACAUGUCUUCAACGCCUUGGCUAGCAGCCUUGCGCCUGGCCUGCGCUACACCACUCCCGAGCUCCUGGAAGCGGAACUCAAGAUUAUCCUUGACGACGCCUUGUAUGAUACCUGGUGCCGGCACGAGGGCGCUAGGUAUCACUUGGCAUGGACGACGGCAGUGAAGGGAGAUCCGGCGAUGGACUUGAGGAUACAGACGGCUUUUUUGGGUGGGCUGAAGAAGCUGCAUACGGAGGUUGGGAGGGCGGCGGUUAUGUGGGAAGGGGUUAUCUCGUGGGCUGUCGCGGUGUUGGCGGCAAAGUGGUGGGCGAGGUUUGGAUAG